AUGGCUCCUCUUUCGCUCUUUUUCUCGUCGCUCCUUUUCUCCAUUGCGCUCGGUGCACCCGCCGCCUCCAGUGGCUCAAACCUGGGGAGAGAUCUUUCUCUCGUUCAAUCAUUGAAGCACAAGAUUACCGUCGACCCUUCUGGUGCCACCAAGAACUGGACUGGAAACAACGUUUGCGAGUUUGACGGCUUCAGCUGCGCCAAGAACCCCAACACCGGAACCAAUGCCUUGUCAGGGAUCGAUCUCAAUGGAUUCGGGCUUGAGGGCAAGGACUUAGUCCUCGAUGGCUUCCUCGACAAGCUGACCGAUCUCACCUUCUUCCACGCCAACAGCAACGGCUUCACGGGAUCGCUCCCCAAGGAUCUUUCGGCUCUCAAGUGGCUGUGGGAAAUCGACGUCAGCAACAACAAGCUCUCCGGACCCUUCCCGACGGGUGUCUUUGACCUCGACCUGACCUUCCUCGAUCUGCGUUUUAACGAGUUCUCCGGCCCGAUCCCGAAGGAGGCUUUCAACCUCGACCUCGAGGUCCUUUUCUUGAACGACAACAAGUUCUCGGGCAGCAUUCCUAGCAACGUUGGCUCUUCCCCCGUUAUCUACUUGACGUUGGCCAACAACAAGCUCAAUGGGUCCAUCCCUAAGAGCAUUGGAAAUAUGAAGAACGUCCAAGAGAUUCUCCUUCUUGGCAACGACCUGUCUGGUUCGCUGCCCAGAGAUUAUGCCAUCAAGAACCUCACUGUCUUUGACGCCAGCGACAACAAGCUGUCUGGAUCCGUUCCCGAGGGACUGUGCAAGCUCAACACUUUGGGAGUCUUGAACCUUACCAGUAACAACUUCAGCGGAACCCUGGGACCGGCCUGCACUGCUCUAUUGAAGAAUCACGUUCUUGACGUUACCAACAACUGCAUUCAGGGUGUUCAGGGCCAGAAGCCCGCUAGCCAGUGCAAUCACUAA